CUUAUGAUGCCAAUCAAGGCCAUGCUAAAUCUAGCUGUUGUAGUUUAUUUAAUUCUGAGUGUAAAGAAGCCGUCUAUGGUAAACUCGAAUUCAUGCUGUUACUCGUUUAAUGGUGAAGUGCCGAAUAGCAUCAAAGACACGUAUCAUGCGGCGUCGAUAUGGAACUAUCAACAUGAGAAAGGUAUUUAUCUACAACCGAAGUAUGCCCUUCAAAUCCUGCUCAUUCUGGCAGGUGAUGUAGAACUUCUUCCUGGACCUUCCCACAUGUGUAUUAACUGUACAAAAACAAUACGGAAAAAUCAAAGUAUUGGCAUAUGUUCAAUUUGUAAUAUACAAGUCCACACUAAGUGCCUUAUCGACAGAUUCGACAACGAGAUAAAGAAACUUUACUGUUCUAUGUGCUAUGUAAACAAUGACCAAAGCACCACUAGCUGUGAUGAGUCUGGGUAUGAAGACCUAAACAAGUUCAUGAAGGCGAAAAAACUGAAAAUUUUCCAUCAAAACGUGAACGGUUUGACAAACAAAAUAAAUCAUAUUCGCCUUCUACUUCAUGAAACACAUAAAAAUUUACAUAUUCUAGGCAUCAGUGAAAGCCAUUUAAAUAAUCACACAACAAGCGAAGAGGUCACGGUCGAUGGUUAUGUUAUGAUAAGAAAAGAUCGGACAUCCGGUAGCGGGGGCGGAGUGUGCAUUUACAUCAGAAAUGAUCUUCACUGGCAAGAAAGGCCUGACCUACAAACUGAUGGCAUAGAGGCGUUAUGGCUCGAAGUAUUUUUUGAGAAAUCAAAAUCAAUCCUACUUUGCACGUUAUAUCGCCCACCCGAUUCAUCUAAACACCUGAUAAAUAACUUUGAACCAAAGUUCGAUGACAUGGUCAGUACCGCCGUAUCUGAUGGGAAAGAAGUGAUAAUAACCGGUGAUUUAAACUGCGACUAUCUUUUACCAUCUAAACAUAAGUCCAUCAAAAAUUGUCUGAAGUUAAAUGGUUUAAAGCAAGUGAUAAAUCAACCGACUAGAAUAACACCUGAAUCAAAAACACUAAUUGACAUUGUUGCAACUACUCAUGAUCAACAUUUGAUGAAGCAUAUUGUUUAUCCAAACUCAAUCAGUGACCAUGACCUUGUUGGUAGAAUAAGAAAAAUGAACUGCCGAAGAUUCCAGCCUCGCAAGAUUCAUACCAGAAAUUUUUCAAGAGGGUUAUAA